AUGGAGACUGGAGACGACACAAUGAGUCAGCCUGGAGCCAGUAGUCUGCCACAAGUUAAGGACCAACUCUCUGAGCGCCCACCCCCAACCCCUAUCUCUACCUCUCCGUCCUCCAUCAGCAUGACAAAGCACUGGCCGGGGCACAACCUGAUGGCACCACCCGCUCUCUCCCACCUGGACUCAAGCGGGGAUGCGCGGAUAAACUUUCCGCUCGGCAACGCAACACGGAGCUCCACAGUCCGGGACUGGGGCCACCAGACUCAAAUGAUCCCCCAGCACCGGCCGGCGAGCUUCGAAAAGCCCGCAGUUGCGCACUCGCUCAGCGGAGCACUCAUGGAUAAACUCGUAGCACCCGAGCCGUCGUACGGGAGCGCUCACGAUGCCGACCCGAAACCCGAAGCGGCUCCCCGGGGUGCGUGGAGCGGUGACCGGGAGGCGACCGGUUCACGAGCCGGCAAGAAGAAAAACUAUCAGCGGUACCCCAAACCACCGUACUCGUACCUUGCGAUGAUUGCCAUGGUGAUUCAACGCUCCCCAGAGAAGAAGCUGACUUUAUCAGAGAUUCUGAAGGAGAUCAGCACCCUCUUUCCAUUCUUCAAGGGGAACUACAAAGGCUGGAGGGAUUCUGUGAGACACAACCUUUCUUCGUAUGAGUGUUUUGUCAAGGUGUUGAAAGAUCCCAGCAAGCCCCAGGGUAAAGGUAACUUCUGGGCUGUGGAGCUAAGUUGCGUUCCUUUGGAGCUCUUAAAGAGGCAGAACACGGCCGUGUCACGACAGGAUGAGACCAUCUUUGCUCAGGAUCUGGCCCCUUACAUUAUGCAGGGACACAAGCCGGAAUCUGAGCCAACUCCACCCACUGAUCCGGUGACCACCCUACCUCCCGUGCGCCAACAGAACCUCUCCCCACCCCAAGAGGACUUGUUCCGACCCAAGCUGGAUUCAUCCUUCGCUAUCGACUCUUUGCUCCACAGCCUUCACCCCAAUGGUGGCUCGGGGGAUGUGGACAUGGGCAUGAGAGACUGUUGGGGCGAAUCUGAGCACCCUCAUUUAUCGCCACCUCCGCGCCCCCGCUACGCCUCUUCCGCUCGCAGUGUUUCUGCUAGUUCAGCUAGCCCAGCCUCCACCUCUUCGUCUUCCUCUGAAGAAGACUGGAAGGGAGCCUCCCUACAUGGGAAGCGCCUCCCACCAGAUGGUCAAGCCGGUUACGAGGAAUAUAAACCUCCGCUACAAAAGUCCGCAAGACGUGAUGCCACCACUGCCCCUUGGGAGCUGCCCACCUCUUAUGCAAAAUACGCGCCACCUAAUGCAGUCGCUCCGCCAAGCAUGAGGUUCAACAGUGGGCCUCUCAUGCCCCUACAUGGCGGACUUCCUCUUUACAGCUACGGGAGCUCUCACGUUGCGCCCGGUCAUUUUCUAAGCCAUACUUACUGGCCCAUGCUCCCCAGCGGACGAGUUUCCGUCCAACCUCCUCCUCUCAUCAUGGACUUGGACAACAUGCUGCAGUCCGUGCCACCAAAUAAAAGUGUGUUCGACGCACUAAUGGCACCCAAUCAAAACUCGCAUUACCAACCACCCAGUCAGUACACCUUGCAGAAUGGUUCGCCCCUAAACCGGUAUCAUCAGUAUUGA